CACAUGCACGGGGGGGAGAGAGAUAGAUGAGGAGGCUACGCAUGCGCAUAUGGACGGUGCCCAACGUUUAGCUACUGGGACCGUUGAGGCUCUCUCGGAGGGAGGAGUUCCCGUACAGGAGCGUAGACCACGUGAUGCUGAGGAGCGGGUUCCUUGUUUGAAUCCGCGGCGCAGAGAGGCGGGCGCGCGCCGGGAGCUGGGAGAAAGCGCGCGCGCGCGCGCCGAGCAGGAUGCUGGGUUCAUGUGGCAUGCAACGAUGUCACCAAGAGGUGCUAAAGAAGAACCGGGUGUCACUGGCAAAGCAGCUGGUGUUGAAGGAGUUGCUGGAGCAUCUGAUAGAGAAGGACAUUAUCACCAUAGAAAUGAUGGAAACUAUACAGGCCAAGGCUGGGUGCUUCAGCCAAAAUGUAGAGUUACUGAAUCUGCUGCCCAAGAGGGGCCCCACAGCCUUCUCAGCCUUCUGUGAAGCUCUGCGAGAAACCAAACAGCAGCACCUGGAGGAAAUGCUCUUGAACGCCAUACCCAGCCUGAGCAAUGGGAUUGCAAGGCUGGGCCAAGAUUAUGAGUCAAGUGUCCCGUUCCCAGUUCGUGAAUCCUGCCUCUCACCAAAGAGACCACGCCAGGUUGGUGAGCUAAUGGAGCAUUCCUUGGAUAAUGGAGAUGGUCCUCCUUACAUUCUGGUGAAGCCAUGCACCCCAGAAUUCUAUCAUGCUCACCAGCACUUGGCUUAUAAGUUGAUAUCACAGCCCCGAGGCAUGGCGCUCGUGCUCAGCAACGUGCGUUUCAGCAGUGAGAAGGACUUGGAGUUCCGUUCGGGUGGAGAUGUGGAUUACACUGCUCUGGAGAUGCUCUUCAAGCACCUUGGCUACAGGGUGACUGUCCUGCAUAAUCAAACUGCGCAGGAGAUGCAGAAGGCAUUGCAGAUGUUCUCUCAGCUGCCAGCUCACCGAGAUGUGGAUUCCUGCAUUGUGGCUCUACUCUCGCAUGGCAUCGAGGGUGGGAUUUAUGGAGUUGAUGGCAAGUUACUGCAGUUGCAGGAGAUUUUCACACUCUUUGAUAAUGCAAACUGCCCAAGUCUCCAGAACAAGCCUAAAAUGUUCUUCAUUCAGGCCUGUCGUGGAGAUGAGACAGACCGGGGAGUGGAUCAGAGGGAUGGGAAAGAGCGCUCUGAUUCUCCAGGCUGCGAGGAGAGUGAUGCCAACAAAGAGGAGAAUCCCAGGCUGCGUUUGCCUACACGUUCUGACAUGAUCUGUGGCUAUGCCUCUCUGAAAGGCACAGCUGCCAUGCGAAAUACCAAGCGUGGAUCCUGGUAUAUUGAGGCUCUCACUUCUGUGUUUGCUCAGGAUUCUCAAAACAUGCAUGUGGCUGACAUGUUGGUGAAGGUGAAUAGACUAAUCAAGCAGCGAGAAGGCUAUGCCCCUGGCACAGAGUUCCACCGAUCAGGGUCUACAGCUAUGAAGGACAAGAAGGGAUGCCCCUCCCUGAAGUCAGGAGAGACCUUCCUCCCAGUAAAACAGAAUCUGUCACCAAUGAAAGUCCGUGGUGAAGGUUUUCUCUUUAUUUCCAGUAUACACCCAAGUUUGACACACUCAUCUACUUUGGUUUGGUGGGUUGUUUUUUUUAUUUUUUUUUUAAGUCCUGAUAUUUUGCAUGUGUUUUCUGUAGCCAUAGGAGACAGAUUCAGAUUAGCUGGAAAAGACAUUGUUGAGAUCUAGCUCUGAAAGCAAAGAUAUGUUUCUAUUUUAGAAGUCUAAUUCUGUCUUGGAAAUAUUUUGAAUCUGGGAACUCCAGGCUUGUUUCCCUUAUGAGUUCUAAAUGUGAGUUAGUGCACAGUUUUUCUAACACCCACAUCUAAUUCCUAUGGUUUUCUGACCAUUCAAAUACUUCAGCAGGCUUCUGAUGAGUCUAUAAACUGUCCCAGGCUUGUGGAUUCCUUGUCUUUUGUUUAAGAAAUGUAUAAAUCGUUUUCCUUGCAAAGAGCCUGUCACUUUGUUUCUUCAUCAUAGUGAUUUUUCUUUCCUUUUAAAGUUUCUUUUAAAAAAAGGGGGGAGUUGCAGAAUUCAGCUUCACUUCCCUCCCCACCAUUAAUUUUUGCUCCCCCAACUAUGGGCAGCUAGAGAUCUUUGCUUGUCCAUCGUUCAGUGCCAUCACACAGGGCCAGUCGGAGAGAAGAGAUGGAGUAGGACACUCCAUCUGUUGGAAUCUAUCUAUGCAUUCUCUUUUCCAGUACAGUAACUCCUCACUUAAAGUCAUCCUGGUUAACGCUGUUUCCUUGUUACGUUGCUGAUCAAUUAGAGAACAUGCUCGUUUAAAGUUGCACAAUGCUCCCUUAUAACAUUGUUUG